AUGGAUGCAACCACCGGCACCGAUCAAACCGGUAAAAGGUAUUGGCACAGGAUCGAGGACAACUAUUGUAGGAUCAAGCCGAAGAAUUGUGGGUUCCUCUCUCGCAGUUACCGGUCGCUUCAAGGCCGGUGGGAGUUGAUGAAGCCCGCUUGUGCUCGUUGGAGUGCGGCCAUGGACCAAGUGAGGGAUGCACCACCUAGUGGAACCGUGGAGAGUGACUAUGAGACAAUUGCCGGCAUGAGGUACAAGGAGAUGGCCGCUUCCAAGGGCAAGCCAUUCCCAUUUAAGCAUGCUUGGGCAAUUCUUCAAACCUUUGACAAGUGGAAGUUGAGGGAUCAAGAGACCGCACCCAAGAAGUCGGCAAUGCUUAGGAUGGAUGAUAGUGAAGAUGAGGAGAAGGAGAGGAACUUGGGCAAGCCCGAGGGAACCAAGAAGGGCAAGCAAAGGGUGAAGAUGGAAGGAGAGGCAUCAAGCCUAAGGGAGAAGAUGGAGCAAAUGAUGAAGGCAAGAGAGGAAUUGACUAGGAAGACAUUGGAGACCAAGAUUCUAAUCACCGAGAAGAAGAAAGAGGACGGGCAACAAAUGCUCGCGAAGAACAUCAAGAACAUGGCAGUGCUGGAGCUUCGAGCGGAGAUUAGAUCUGUUCUUAAAUGGGCGGUGGCCUAA